GAAGUCACGUGACCCGCCUGAGUCGGCCUCAUUUGAUAGGCCACUUGAUUAUAGACUCGGCUUCUAAUUAGCAUAUGGUGUCAAGGCAAGAAGGAAACCCAAAAGCCCGUGUAUGAUUGAGUCGCUUCAAGGCGGCUAGGAAUUCAAUGGCUGGAAACGAACUUUCGUGUCGUGCAAGCGCACCAAACGAGUCAUGAAUAACGCUUGAAGACAGCCUAAAUCAAGAAAAAUGGCGGAUAAUCGAAGGCCGUCCUCAGUGCCGUCAGAGGACUUCUAUAAAACGCGUAUGGCCAACUCGGCGAACGCUUCACGCAAGUCUUCGAUGCAAGCUGGUACCGAAGCGCCGAAUAUCGUGUGUGCAGACCGAUCGCUCUUUAUCUUCACAAAGGAAAAUAUCAUUCGAAAAGUUUGCCGCGCGAUCAUCGAGAGCAAACCUUUUGAAUAUUUCAUUUUAUUGACCAUCUUUGUCAAUUGCAUCCUCCUUGCCGCUAACACUCCACUGCCGAAUGAGGACAAGUCCGAUCUUGACAUAAAACUAGAACAAGCCGAAAUCUAUUUAUUGGCAAUAUUUUGCUUAGAAGCUCUAUUAAAAGUUAUAGCUCUUGGGUUUAUAUUACACUCUGACUCGUAUCUACGGAACGGAUGGAAUGUCUUGGAUUUUGUCGUCGUUGUAACAGGCCUUUUGAGCUUGCCACAACUAAGCCUUGUCAAUGCUGGAAUGCUGAAGGCUCUGAGAGCUGCAAGAGUGCUGCGGCCACUGAAGCUCGUAUCAGGCAUUCCAAGUCUUCAAGUAGUGAUGAAGUCCAUCAUGUGUGCCAUGGUGCCACUUCUGCAAAUUUGUUUACUCGUAGGAUUUGUAAUCAUAAUUUAUGCAAUCAUAGGAUUAGAAUUUCUUUCUGGAAAAUUUCACUUUGUGUGCCAAACAAAUAACUCAGGUGUCUGGGAGUUUGAUGCUGAUGGUCCACAAAUCUGCGAUAAAGAUAAGAAGGGAACACUUUGUACUCCUCCUCAAGAGUGUAGGGAUUUCUGGGAAGGACCAAAUGAUGGAAUCACUUCUUUUGACAAUAUAUUUGCUGGAUGUCUAACAGUGUUUCAAGUAAUUACCAAUGAGGGUUGGACGGACAUAAUGUAUUGGACAUUUGAUGCCUAUGAUAGACAUGGUUAUGGAUUUUGGAUAUAUUAUUAUUCUCUCGUGAUAAUAGGAUCUUUUUUUAUGCUCAACUUGGUUCUUGGUGUUCUUAGCGGUGAAUUUGCUAAAGAGAGAGAAAGAGUUGAAAAUCGUAGAGCUUUUCUCAAAGUGCGAAGAACUCAAAAGAUGGAGAGGCAUCUGCAUGGUUAUAUAGAUUGGAUUAGUAAAGCAGAGGAUCUAAUGUUAGAAGAAGAGGAGGAAGAAGAUGGAAAUGUAGAUUUGUCAAGAAGAAGACAUCUUGAUCGAGUGGAGGAUGGAGAUGUAGCAAUGACAUCUGUUGUGCUCACAGGACAGGCAGGACGCAGGCAUAGAUUGAACACAGGAAAAAAGAAAAGUCUCUGGCAGAGAUUUCUCAAGAAAAACAGACGGUGGAAAAUCCGCAUCAGACAAGUGGUUAAACAUCAGGCUUUUUAUUGGACUGUACUUAUAUGUGUUUUUCUCAACACAGUAAUCACUGCAUUACAACAUUAUAAUCAACCCGAUUGGCUUACACAGUUUCAAGAUAUUGCCGAGAUUGUGUUCAUCACUUUCUUUUUCCUCGAGAUGAUGCUGAAGCUUUAUGGCCUUGGUCCUCAGCUUUACUUCAAAUCCCAGUUCAACACAUUUGAUUGUGUGGUUGUUUGUUGUGGUAUUAUUGAACUAAUUAUUUCAAAAGCAGAAGGAACAAGCUUGGGUAUCUCUGUACUUCGACUCUUGAGGCUUUUAAGACUUUUUAAAUUUACCAGGUAUUGGUCCUCUCUGCGUAACUUGGUGACUUCCCUGUUGAGCAGUGUUCGCUCCAUCCUUAGCUUGCUGUUUCUUCUCUUCCUGUUCAUUGUAAUUUUUGCAUUACUGGGAAUGCAGAUCUUUGGUGCAAGUUUCAGAGAUCUUCCUGGAAGAGAUGGUAAUCCUAGAACAAAUUUUGACAAUUUCUGGAAUGCUGCACUAGCCGUUUUUCAGAUUUUAACAGGGGAAGACUGGAAUGCCGUGAUGUAUGAUGGCGUCUUGUCACAAGGAUACCCUCAGAAACCCUUUGCCCUAGCUUGGGCGUUAUAUUUUGUUUUACUAGUAGUACUAGGAAAUUAUACUCUUCUUAAUGUAUUCUUGGCUAUUGCUGUGGACAACUUGGCAAAUGCUCAGCAACUGAGUCAGGACGAGGAAGCGGAAGAAAACGCAAGAGAAGAAAGAAAAAAAGAAAUUGUAGACCAGUAUCGUGAUUAUGGCUCUCCAGGGCCCAGCCCAGGGCGCAAUGGAGACGCGAGAAGGGGUCUGGAUGAAGCUGGUCCCACUGAAGAUGAAUUUGAAUCAGAAGCUGAUGACGGCCGACCAUCAUUUCUGAGCAAUCUUAGAAACCCCAGCAGAAUGGUUCCUCAGCAGAAGCCAGGAGAUGCUGUACCGAUCAUAAAUACGUGGUCCUUAUUUCUUUUCCCACCUGGAAAUCCAGUACGGAAAGCAUGUCACUGGCUGGUGAAUUUAAGGCAUUUUGACAACUUCAUCCUGGUCAUCAUUCUUAUAAGCAGCGUCUUAUUGGCUCUUGAAGAUCCAGUUAACGAAAAUUCCAAAAGAAACGAGGUGCUCACGUAUUUUGACUAUGUGUUCACGACAAUAUUUGCAAUGGAGGUAUUUGUCAAGCUGGUUGAUUAUGGAGCUAUUCUUCACCCUGGCUCGUACUUCAGAGAUGCCUGGAACUGUAUUGAUGCUCUGGUAGUAUCAUGUGCCAUAGCAUCGCUUGUGAUGGGCAAUCAGGACCAAUCCACGAUUAACCCACAGUCUAAGAAGACUGUAAAAGUUUUGCGAGUUCUCAGGGUUCUUCGGCCACUCAAAGCGAUCAACAAAGCCAAGAAAUUGAAGGCUGUGUUCCAGUGUAUGGUUUACUCACUGAAGAAUGUUCUCAACAUUCUGAUCAUCACUUUAUUGUUUCUGUUCAUCUUCUCUGUUAUUGGAGUUCAGCUUUUUCAGGUUAGCAUGAGAGGAAAAUACCUGCAUUACCCUGACUUGACGGACAUGUCCAAAGUUGAGGUCAAAGAUCGAACAUGGUCAGGUCAAGACUACAAUUUUGACAAUGUAAUCCAAGCAAUGUUAGCGCUGUUUACGUCAUCCACAGGAGAGGGCUGGCCAGCACUCAUGCAGGCCUCUAUCGAUACCACAGAAGUCGAUCGUGGACCGAUCGUGGAUAACAAAGUCGAGAUUUUGCUCUUUUAUAUUUUCUUUGUCGUGGUUUUUUCGUUUUUCUUCUUAAACAUUUUCGUGGCUCUCAUCAUCCUCACUUUUCAAGAACAAGGAGAAAAAGACCAGGGAGAGUGUGAACUGGACGGGAAUCAGAGAGAUUGUCUCCAUUUUGCUAUUGUGGCCAAACCCUCAGAGAGAUUCAUGCCGGAAGAUCCUAACACGUGGCAGUACCGUAUAUGGACAAUCGUGGACUCCAGACCGUUUGAAUAUUUUAUCAUGUUGCUCAUUGCUCUCAAUACGCUCAUUCUAACUAUGAAGAAUUACUUCCGAGACAACUGGAACGUUUUCGACUUCAUCAUCGUCUUGGGGAGUUUGUUGGACUUCGCUUUGACGACUUUCCAGUCUGAAGAUAGCCAGCAGAUCCCUUUCGACGUCAGUCUCUUCCGUCUCUUCAGGGCAGCCAGGCUGAUCAAGCUGUUAAGACAGGGUUACACAAUCAGAAUAUUGUUGUGGACCUUUCUUCAAUCAUUCAAGGCAUUACCUUAUGUCGGUAUGCUUAUCGGUCUCUUGUUCUUCAUCUAUGCGGUCAUCGGCAUGCAGAUGUUUGGCCAAAUCAGCAUUAACAAUGACGAGCGUGGCGAGCCAUGGUCCCAGAUCACUUCCCGGAAUAACUUCCAGUCAUUUCCAGAAGCCAUUCAAGUACUCUUUAGGUCCGCAACAGGUGAAAACUGGCACCUCAUCAUGAAGGCUUGUGCAAGCGAUGCAGACUGUCAGCUGACCGACAAGAAAUGUGGCAGCACGUUCGCGUAUUUGUACUUCAUCUCCUUCAUUUUCUUUUGUUCCUUUCUGCUUUUGAAUCUCUUCGUGGCUGUCAUCAUGGACAAUUUCGAGUACUUGACACGUGAUGAAUCUAUUCUCGGUCCUCACCACCUGGACGAGUUUGUCCGCGUGUGGUCUGAGUUCGAUCCAGGAGCCACAGGUCGCAUCAAACACACAGAAGUAUGUCAAUUGUUACGACAAAUGUCUCCUCCAGUAGGAAUCGGAAAGAAGUGUCCCAAGAUUGUUGCUUACAAACGCCUGAUCAAGAUGAACAUGCCGCUGCACUCAGACAACACGGUUACCUUUACUGCUACUCUGUUUUCCCUGGUGCGAACGUCUCUCAAAAUUAUGACAGAGAAAAAUAAUCUAAAGGAGAACGAUAAAGAAUUGAGAGCCAUGUUGAAACGAGUUUGGCCCAAACUUACCAAGAAGACAUUGGACAGAGUGGUGCCCAAACCCCCAAGUCUCAUCAACAAUGCGAAUCAAGUGAACCAGCAGCCACAGAUGACAGUGGGUAAGAUCUAUUGCGCCAAACUCAUCUACGAAAACUAUAAGUUCAUGAGACGGAAAGGGCAAGUUCAAUCUAAGGAUUCUGACCAGGGGACUGUUCUCAGUCGAUUCGUCGGAGGACCAAUGUUCCAGAAAUUCCGACGAGAUAACGACCCCGAGCUAGGAGAGGGAGUUCCGAUGAACGACAUAGCGAUUAGCUUAGCUGAUGGACCAUAUCACUCUGGUUCCGCCCAGGCUUUGUACCAUCCCAAUCAUCAGCCUAAUGAUAGCCCAUCCCGCCGUUACCGUCAAAACACACCCAUUGCUCACCGAUCUACGACUUCGUUAAACGAAGGACGCGGUCCGGGUGUAACGACGGCUUUAGUCGGCCCCCACCGUCGACAACUGCCUCAGACUCCUGGUUCUCGAACUGGCUCGCAGCUCUCCUUGACCGGGAAGGCACCUGCGUUGCCGGAGAACCGGGGCGACAGUGUGCUGGAAAAUGGCUACCACCCAAAUAUGAACCAGCAUAUUGCCAUGGCGAUACGAAGUGGGCAAAGUCCUUAUGCGAUUUACGGUUUAGAAGAAAUUGGCGACGAAGAUGACUGGUGCUAGCGGUUAAAAUCACGUGUGAACCACGUGCUAAUGAUUUGAAGGAAACUACCGUCGAUAGACUUCUGUGGAUUGGAACAUUCGCAUGCUGGUGGUUUUUGCUGAUUGCAUGAUUUUCACGUGAUCAUUUUGGUACUUCGAGCUUCCUUUUGAGGUUUAAAACAUAUAACGUGGCUAGAAAUUGAUUCAGAGUGAAAAACAGAUGGAGAAGACACCUUCGUUCCGUCAGCCUUCAGAGGGGAGGAAAAAUUACUGUUGCCUUUCUAUUAACCAAGUUUUGUAAGCCUCACUGUGCCGAGAUGAAGCAGACUUCGGCCAAGAAGUGGAGGAAAAUAUGCACUCUUUGUUGAAGCCAAUUUGAAAUAUAACUAGGAGAAACAGAACUCCAGACAGAAUUGUUGAGUGUAGCUACUCCACUGCACUAGAACCACGCAAAUUUGUUUGCUUUUGAUAACAAAUUUUGCAGCUUUUUCUUGAAUUUGUUGUUGUCAUCCACUUAUUUAUUUGAUAAUGAUGGCAUUUCGGAUGCAAUAAUGCGCAAUUAAUUGACCUUAGUAUAACUUAAUAUGUAGAAAAAGCGAUAGAUUACUAAACGUUAGGAUAACAAGUGAAGCCCGCUAAUAAAGAAGGCGUUUCCCUCGAUAUUUUUCCGAUACAGUCAACCAUAACACUCCCUUGAGUGUUAGCUAAUUUUUCCCGGCAGACAAGGGCUUUUUACCUGUUUAAAACCUAUUCUCGGUUGAUGCGUUUUUGUUUUGAUAUGGUUUCAAUUUGUGCCUUGGUCGUAUUACGCUUGCGCACUUUGUAAGACGUUGAACGCUUUGAGUGGUUUGUAAACAUGGCUGCGUCUAGAAUGAACUGAAUGACAACAGAAACAGUAAAAGGCUCCAAUUCUUGAACCAAAAAAAGACAACGCAAGCGCUGUGGAGCACAGGUAAACUUACAAAGCAGUGCGUCUCGCUGAUUGGUCAAAAGGCAGAAAUCUGUUUGCUCUGAUUGGUGGACUGUCUGCACCUAUCAGAGGGCUCAGAAUUCAAGCAAGCACAGUUAGGUGACACACUCAGCCAAAAAUUGGGUCAAUCGCAAAUUAGGAAUGUGUCUGAGUGUGAAGUUUGUAAGUGGUAGCAAUGUCUGCAUUUUAUUGGCACAUUUGAAUCGAAUGGAAUUCAUUUUCAACACUUGUUGAAAACAGGUUAGGAGAAUACAGGUCUUUCCGCGCUUCGAAGCUCAAUUUUGGUUUUGGAAUAUCUCUACAGAAUCUUCCUACCUAACAGCGAGAAGUUGUCAUUUAAUGCCUUUAUGAUGUAGUUAUAGAAUUAAAAUAUAAUAAUGAUAAUAAAUUUAAAAGGACCAUCGCUUUUAGCAAAGUUUUCAGUACGCAGGCAACUUGUUUCUUACAAUUGCUGUUGACAUUUUUUAAGUUAGAGUUCCUUUUAUAAUGAGUUAUUCCACUUUUAGAGAAAAAAUCACACAGAGCCGUGACGAAUAUUAAUUUUUUAACUGUUAUUGUUAUUAUUAAAAUUAUCUCUGAUAGAAGAAACUACUCGUAAUAAUAUAUUAAAAUCAGCUAUAGAAGAUUCCUAUUCUGUACUCGGUGCAGUUUAUUUAUAAUAUUAUUGUAAAAAUGACUUAUUUAUGGCUACAUUGCUUUUGAAGCACACACUUCAUAGUUUCAAAUAAUGUUCUUAUUGUACAUAAAGCAAAUAUGUAAUGAUUCUUUCAGACACGAGUAAAUUCAGAUUUGUUUUGGAGAAAGAAUAAAUUGCUACAUUGUGACACUA